CAUAAUUAUUUUUGAAACAGAGAAUAAAUAUUUUUGUUAUUUUCAGAAAAUAAAAAAAGGACUUAGCGUGUGACUGCCGUUCUCAAGCCCACCGCACAACAAGUGUGUGGCCUCACUCAAACAAUCCCCACAGCUGGCAUAAAACUUCCUCUUGCAGCUUCUUCUUCGUUCGUGCAUAUAAUUUUCUUCUUCUUUUUCUGUGUAUCAAGUUUCAGCCAAGGAAGAUUAGAGUCUACUCGCCUCUAAAUCUGUAGUUUCUUAUUCCCCGCUAUAUAUCAAUCAUUAAUCAUUUACUUUCAAUAUAUGUCUUCUUUAAUGAUUCUACUUAUGUUUUUGUGUUUGUGUUUGCGAGUUUACAUAGUACAUAUACUGACUAGGUUGCGCUUUUUGUUAUUAUCUAUGAUCAAACAGCGGCGAUCGGGCGAUAUAGUUGUUUUAUCUGUAAUCCUGCUGCCAGAAUCUCAUCCAGGAUUGAAUGUUUUAAAUUUUUAUAUUUCGAUUUUUGAAGUUUCUCAGUUACAGCGAGCAAUUAUAGCAUAUUUACCCAAUUGUGAGAAACAUAAUGUCCACCAAUAUUGGACUCCACGGUUUGUGGUAAUCAGCAUAUAAUUGAUAAACCCGAGCACCUCGUGAGCUUGUCUUGGCUCGUUUGAGCUCGUUUAGUUUUCGGCUCGAAAUAUGAUUUGUUAUGUAAUUUUCAGUUGCUCGGCUUGUUAAGGCUCGAGCUCAACUCGUUAGUAUUGAUAAACGAGCCGGGAUGAGCUUGUUUAUCCACUCGUUUAGUUAAUGGGCUUGGCUCGAUAAAGGCUUGAGCCCGAAAUCGCGCAUCAGGAGCUCGAACUCAUCUCAGCUCGUUUACACUUACGAGCAUGUGCAUGGCAGAAGAGAGCAGCAAACUCUUGAUGCUUGCCGUUGAUUGCCCUUUUGCAAAGCUCCCGGAUCAUCUUCUGGUAGAAAUCUUUGUUCGUGUUCCAGUUUCCCAGUGGGCCCAAUUGCCGUCUGUGAAUAAGUACUGGGCUAAUUUGUUCCGGGAAGAUUACUUGUGGCACGUGGCUCUCGUCAGAUGUUUUCCUUUUUCUGGCCAAAGUAAAAAGUGGCCAGGCCCUAUUCCUUGUGGGCUGAGCAAAAGGAGAUUCAUUGCUCUGUAUAUGAGUAAAUGGGUCUGCCCGGUGGAUGACGAGCUGAGUGAAAUUGUCGGUCAUGCGUACUUGUAUUUGAAAGAGCAGCUUCAGAUUUCACAUAUGCCUCCUCCUUCUGCGAUUCUUCACGGGACUAUUAUAGAUCAGUUUAUUGCUUGUGGCAAGUCAAGGGACACGGCCCACGAGCUGGCUUCGGUCAUUUGGCUGGCUGUUAUCGACAAUCUGGAGGACAAUCGCCAGACCUUUUUAUUACUUAAACGCCUUGCACUGGAGGGAGAAGAGUUUUUGCCUUAUCCAUACUUGAGAUCGUACAAAGUCGAGUGGAAGAUAUUCGAAAGGCUGUUCACGGAUUUUCGUGAUUGCCUGCAUCAUUCGGAUUACUACGAUUUACUGGCAACCGCAAAACAGAAGUUUCAGCCGAUACCAGCAACUUGGUUAGGCUACUAGGACUACAAUCUCUCUCAAAUAGAUCUACCCAAAAAUAAAAUAAAAAAAAAGAAGAAGAAAUUAGAAAAACAUAUCGCAUUCUAAAUAGUUAUCGUGUAGAUUAAUGCAACAUGACAAUCGAAUGAAUGACCGGUGGUGAUUUGGAUUCAAACUCUGCGGGUGCAUGCUUGUCAUUUUUUUUUGUGAGUGCAUGUGAUUGUGUAUGCAGACCAUAUUUAGCUCUUGAGCAACAAAUGCUGAAUGUAUAUAGAAUUCAAUAUUUUUAUGAGUAAAUCUGGGUGAAAGCACUCUGACAUUUGCUAAUUUGUUAACCUAUGAUUUGAAGAACUUGGGCUUUUA